UACCUUGGUCCCUUUGCUUUGCAUCGUGUCUCGUGCUUUUCAUGUAUCGCUCUCCAAUUUUUUCCAAUAAUUUCAUAGGUGCUUUUGAAAGAAGUUGACAUAAAUUUGAAGAGAACAGUUGAACGCAUUCGCAAUUUACUAUGGGUAAACCAGCAUUUUCGCCAGGUGGAGGUAGAGGAGGAGGAGGAGGAGGUGGCGGAGGCCGUGGUGGCCGUGGUGGACGUGGUGGUCGUGGAGGCAGAGACAGUUUUGGCGCUAGAGGUGGCGGAAGAGGUGGUGGUGGUGGAGGACGAAAUAGUCGAGGAGGAAGAGGAGGCGGUGGUGGCGGCGGCGGCUUUAAAGGAGGCAAAAAUGUAAUAAUAGAGCCACAUCGUCAUGAAGGAGUAUUUAUAGCUAGAGGAAAAGAGGAUGCGUUAGUGACUUUAAGUAUGGUACCUGGGAUAGAUGUAUAUGGAGAAAAGAGAAUCAAUGUUGAGUCUGCCAAUCCCAACAAUCCGGGCGAAAAAAUCGAAUACAGAGUAUGGAAUCCAUUCAGAUCCAAAUUAGCUGCUGCUAUUCUUGGCGGAGUUGAUCAAAUUUACAUGCCUCAUGGCAGUAAAGUAUUAUAUCUGGGUGCUGCAUCAGGGACUACAGUGUCCCAUGUUGCCGAUAUAGUUGGUCCAGAGGGGACUGUAUACGCAGUGGAAUUCUCGCCUAGAUCUGGCAGAGAACUUAUAGAUGUCGCUAAAAAAAGGACCAAUAUCAUUCCUAUAGUUGAAGACGCAAGACAUCCUUACAAGUAUCGAAUGCUCGUAGGAAUGGUAGACACUUUGUUCUCAGAUGUCGCGCAACCAGAUCAAGCUAGAAUUGUCUCAUUGAACGCGGAAACUUUUCUUAAAGACGGUGGACAUUUUGUGGUUUCUAUUAAGGCGAGUUGCAUAGAUUCGCUUGCACAGCCAGAAAUGGUAUUUGCGUCGGAAGUGAAGAAACUUAUUGCCGACAACCUAAAGCCGCAAGAGCAAAUCACACUUGAACCAUACGAAAGAGACCACGCUGUUGUAGUUGGAACGUACAGACCACCACCGAAAUGUUAAGUUACAAAGAUUUUUCUGUAAAUCUUCCAAUUUACUGAAAUUAUUAGAAAUAAAAAUAAUCUUAACUGCUAUUAACGUCACGUUCUCCAAAAUUUCAACGCCGAAAACUUUCUAAUAUUUAUGUAAAUCUUAAUCGAGAAAACGUAAACCCUAUUUUGCUCGAAGGUGAUGUUGAUAGUCGAAAAAGAAAUCGCAAUUAUAGUAUGUAUGAAUCAAUAUUAAAAACUAAACUUUUUUACAUCAGGACUGCCUGCGACUUUUUCGUAGAUUUCAUAAAAGAUGUGUUAUUUGUAUAAAUCAUGUUGUAUUUCUAUUAAAAAUAUAACGAUUUCUCUAACAUUA